UUUUUUUUUUUUUUUAUAAAUUAAUGAUUUUCACAAAGUCAUUCAGGAAUGUGAAAAUAUUGCGUAGUCUCAUGUAAACUAAAUACAAUUGAGGUUCUUCCUAAAUACAAUAUAUAUACAUGUUAUAAUAUAGUAUAAUGAGGUAUAUUGAUAUUGACAAUCAUAGGGCCUUAUACAAUGCAAUUAAUACUAAGGGACAGAGUGCGAGAUUUGAUAUCUGUCAAUAAUUGGUAAUUACAACAUUGAAAGAAAUUUAGACACUGAAAGAUGUGGGGCACUGUGACAGCACUUCUCUGUUUAAUCAACAUUCUUCCACAGGCCCAAGGAUCCUCCUGGAAAGAUGUGUUUGCGGAAAAUCAAAGGUGGCACGGAUACUAUUACUACGGCACACAGAAGUAUAAGUGCAGCAUGAGCAUUUACCAUGUGGAGAAAGAAGGGUUGGGGACGGUGUAUGCUGGCUUUACAGACCCCGACACAAGCAUAGAGUUAGAAGGAGGACAUCUUCUGAAUGCACCAAAUUUCACCAUUCAGUUCAGCAAGGCUACAGUUUACAUGGCUACUAGUAAUCGUAUCCCACCAAACGGAGAAUUCGAAAUCACCGGAAAACUUGUCCAAUCGACCACCGGAUGGAAUUAUCACGCCCAUAUUACGAAACCAAUCAAGAACUUAUUUAGUAAUUUCACUCUCACAACACUAGAAGACACAGAACGUAUGUACACCGUCAUUGUACAAAAUAUUGUGGGGCAGUAUGGGAAGACGUUUACAAUGGACAUCAAAGUCAAACAGAUGGGCAGGAAAGAACCAGAAGCAGCAAAAAUUGUUAUCGACACCUUAGAUUUACCAUUGACUGUUGACCAGUAUCUACAAAUGGCUCAUGAGCAACAGGAGAAAUUGUUCCCCACUGUCAAUUUAUUGCCAGGAGCAGAGCGUUUAGUCAAACAUUUACGUAACCAUGGUAUCCCUAUUGCCACAGCCACCGGCUCCCAUACACAGAGUUUCCAGUUAAAGACGUCCAGCCACAAGGACUUGUUUUCCUUGUUCCAUCACAGUGUUCUCAGUGGAGAUGAUCCUGAAUGUAAACAUGGCAAACCAGCUCCCGACUGCUUCCUACUGGCUGCUCAAAGGUUCCCCGACAACCCCCACCCCAGCAAGGUGCUGGUGUUUGAGGAUGCUCCAAAUGGAGUGGAGGCUGCCCAUGCAGCAGGCAUGCAGUGUGUGUGGAUACCCCUCAAAGAAAUCAACAAACAGACGCACCAACAUAUGGCCACAUUAGUGCUCGACUCUCUGGAGGAGUUCAAGCCGGAGAUGUUCGGACUGCCGCCAUUUGAUAAUUGAUUUCAUAUUUCUAUGAAUAUAGUAUUUUUAUUGGACCAUUAGAUGACUAUAUAUGAUGAAGGUUAAUAUUUUGUAUCAGUUUAUUGAUGAUUUUUAGGGUAGUAGUGGAACCAAUCAUUUGCCUUUUGUACUUAUUUUGAUUUUGAAAAUAUUGCAUGAGAAUGGUGAUACAGUGUAUACGUGAUCUCAAGACUAAUUAGUUAUUUUGUUAAUUGUUUAUGUUACGUGAUUGUUUAUUACUGAGAAUAUAUAUUUACAAUGUAUGGAUA